UGCUUUAUCCACCCUGUCCCGCUCUGGGUAAGAGGAAACUCUAAACUGCCGUGGUUCGACCAGCUUUGCCCUUUUCUCUUUCCCUCUCUUUUUCACUCACACCCAUUGGACGUGUGCACGCUCAGGACGAGAAUGGCAGCAUCAUCUGCACAGAGCACACACAGGCCCUGCAAAAUGUUGGCUUUUGCAUUGCUUCUCAUCGCCUCACUCUUCAGUGCAGGAGUCAUGGCACAGGAAGAUGAAGUUGCUGCAGCCACAGUGCCACCUGUAGACGCAUAUAUACGAGGUGACAUGAUUCCAGUGACGACUGAAGCUCCAGAGACAGAGGGCCCACAAGUUCAGAUCUUGGUUUUCCCUACUAUGGAAUCUCUAGAGCCUACUGAACAGACUACAGCAGCCACAGCUACAGAGGCAGCAGGAAACAAUGAGGAUGCCGGGCCUGCAGCUCCAGCGGGAGCAACUGAUGAGGGAACUGACAUUAACAUACAAAAGGAAAAACCUGAAAUCAUGGAACCAAAGACCCCAGCAAUGAUUCCUUCUAGAGGCGAUGGUCCUGCCGACAAACCACAGCCAGUGCCAGCGCAGGAUGAUGUCAUCUGUGUGACCAAAGAGGCUGUCCAGGACAAAAAUGCUGUCAAUCUGAAACUCAAGGCAACAUCCAAUUGCGAAGACACAAAAGUGAAGAUUGUAAGUGUUCUGCAGGAGUUGUGUGGUGAAGACUGUAAACUUGAGAUCUACCAAGAAGACGACUCAGAUGAAAUCCUUGUGUCUGGGAAGUAUGUUGAAGAUGAUGUUGCAGGCAUGGCCAACAAGUUCAACAAUGACAACAUUAAAGAUAAGACUGACGUGGAGGAGGCCGUUCCUCGCUGGGGCAGGAACUCUAAGUUGGUGCUGGUUUCCCUGCUGCUGACUGGCCUGUUGCUGGCUGCACUGCUGGUAGCUGGUUAUUACUUCAAGACGCAUCGCAAGAACUCCAAAGGAGUCAGACUGGCCGAGUCUUUCCAGGUGGAUGAGGAGAACCAGGCAAAUACCCUGGUGUCUGUGGCACCUCUACCCCAGGAGCCCCUUGACAAGCCCACCGUCAAUGGAGAGUCUCCACCAGAAAAUGGGACCACCCCCACCCCUACCCCCACCACUAAUGGACACUCUGUCACUCAGACCCCAGUGGCUGACACGGAGAUGUGAAUCAUGACACCCUCGACCUCCAAGCUCCUGUUCUACCAAGCAUCCACUACCCAUUCUCCCCCUCUCUGCUUCCACAGUGUCAAAAACACUAAGAUGAAUCCAAGAUGAAUCUGUCACAUGCAUCCUCCUUCCCUCCUCCCAUCCUCCCCCUGCUGCUCUGCAGAUGAUGACAACAAUGAAGCCCAUGCUGACAAUAUGAUGACAAUGAUGACAGUGCCUGUAAUGUGAAAAGUUUGGGAACACUUACCUUUUGCUGGUGUCAAGUGGAGCCUAUAUACGCUGUUUGGGACUGAGACCGGCUGACAGGGAUUUGUUAGCUGUUCCAACAUCAGUCAAGUUGUAACAAUCUUUGUAGAAUCAUCAAAUAAUGCCAAAUAUGUUUCAGUUGAUCCCUGAAGAAGAAUCAGAGAAUGCUCUGUUAUUUCUAUCCACAACUGUGGGGCAAUGAAGCCAAUGAAGCUAAUGAAGCUAGGCAGUUGAAUGUUGACUAGCUUUUGUACUGUUAUAAAAAGGACUGACAUUCAUUGCUUUCUUUUUUUUGUUUGUAUGCCUCUGCAUUUGCAUAAAGUGAAUGAAAGAGAUGCAUCAAGUUUGAAUUUAUUGGAAGUUGGUUACUUUUUCACAUGCAUAACUGUCAAACUGUAAUUACUAAAAGAAACUGCCAUAUUUGCUUGGUAUCAUUGCUGGCACUCUUCACAGAAACCAGAAGAUCUGCUGACAAAGAAUUCACUUACAAGAUAGUGAAAUGAAAGAAACAAGCAGUGUCUCGGGUUUAACUAAGGAAUGAAACUACCAAGCAUUUUAUAAUGUGUCAGCUGAAAACUAUGUAGUUGCCUCAAUGCUUUCAAUUCUAGCCUACUGAACAACUACACCUCUGUUCGAUGUUUGAUUGGAUCGGGUUGCAAAGAACAUUUCUAUUUUUCUGUUGUUUUUUAAAAAUAUUUUGUACAGGUUUUUUUGUUUGUUGUUUUUCUUUUAACAAUUGCAAAUUUUCCAACUUUUACCACUGUCUUAUGGAAUGGUAUAUCAAAAAAAACAAACAAGCAAGAAAAACAACUCUGCCAUGAAAUUCCUUCAUAUCACACAGCAGGUUCAGCAUUCCCAAGACUGCCGUUAUGUCCUUGUUGAUAUAAAACAUUUUGGUUUUUUUACAUCAGUGGUACACGUCUUGCUUCUCUUUUAAACAUCUGGCAGCUUUCAUAAUGUACUUCAAGUGUAAAUAAGCUUGCUUUCUGUUAGUCGUACCUGUACCCGAUUCAUAAACUGUGACUAUCUUGUUAA